AUGAAUGUGAUCAAGUUGAACUUGAUCACUCAUGGUUUUCUUAGUACUUAUACUAGAUGGUACCACCAUGAUGAGGAAGUAGAGGACAUACAAGAUGAAGUGCUAGUUGAUGUUGAGGAUGGUGAACCAGCUAAUGAUUUGGCUGCAGGCUUACACGAUGCUUUUGGUUGUCAAUAUUUUGAUAUCGGUCCAACUAGUGAUUUCAUUGACAAUGAAUUCCCUCGAAAUUCAAGUGACAAGUAUGAUGCCUUGUUAGAUUCGGUUCAUAAUCCUUUGUAUGAUAAUUGUACAAACUUUUCUGUCUUAAGUGCAGUCGUAAAGUUAAUGAAUUUGAAGGUGAUUAACAAAUGGACAGAUAAAGGAUUUGACGACCUUUUGAAGUGUCUUAAAGAAAUGUUACCUGUUGGUAAUCGUUGCUCGAUAAAUUAUUAUCAAACGCGAAAGCUUCUAUCUGAAGUUGGCUUGGGGUACGAGCAAAUUGACGUGUGCCAAUAUGAUUGUGCAUUGUUCUACGGUGAGAAUGCAAAUGCUACAAUGUGCCCUAUAUGCAAAUCUAGUCGUAAUGUACAUAAUAAAAUUCCAUAUAAACGACUUAGAUGGUUUCCAAUCAAGGCUCGACUGAAACAAUUGUUUAGCUCCAAGCAUACUACUAAGGUUAUGCGAUGGCAUAAAGAGGUGCAAAGAGAUGAACCUGGGAUACUACGUCAUCCAGCUGAUGGGGAUGCUUGGAAGCAUUUCGACAAGACAUACCCUGAAUUUGCAGUGGAUUCGAGGAGUGUACGAUUGGGAUUAGCGCCAGAUGGGUUUAACCUUUUCUCAAACAUGACAUCCACGUACAACUUAUGGCCUGUGAUAUUAAUUCCAUAUAACAUGCCGCCUUGGGCUUCUCCAAAUGGAACAAAUUAUCUCAUGUCAUUGCUAAUACCAGGACCCAAAUCUCCUGGAAAAGACUAUGAUGUGUUUUUGAGACCACUAAUUGAUGAACUUAAGGAGUUAUGGGAGGGCAUUGAGGUGUAUGAUUCAUAUGAAUGGUGUAUGUUUAAACUUCGAGUUGCUCUCUUAUGGACAAUUAGUGAUUUUCCUGCUUAUGCCUAUUUAUCAGGGUGGAGCACCGCUGGGAAAUUAGCAUGCCCCAGUAGAGACUAUGAUGGGUCUAUUGAGUUACGUCCCCCACCUAGAACUUUUACUGGUGCUGAAAUUUUAAAACAACUUGAACAAGUUCCAACUCGCACAACUGGUAAGGCGCCAAGUAAUUGUUCAAAGAAAAAUGUUUGUGAUAACAUUAUUGGAACACUUUUAGAUAUUGAGGGUAAAUCGAAGGACACGCUGAAGGCUCGUAAAGAUUUAGAAAAUUUGAAAAUUCGCCCUGAUCUUUGGUUGAAGAAGUCAUCCAACAAUAAGAUUGAAAAACCCCAUGCGAGCUAUACUUUGGCUAAAGAAGAAUGCAAGGAAUUUUGUAAAUUUAUUCGAAGUGUUAGAUUUCCGGAUGGAUAUGCUUCGAAUAUAAGUCGAUGUGUAACUGAUAAUGAAAAACUAGGUGGCAUGAAAAGCCAUGAUUGUCAUGUAUUACUUCAAAAAAUAUUACCAGUUGCCAUAUUACCUUUUCUAACGAAGGAAAUUCGAACAGCUUUGAUUGAGCUAUGUCAAUUCUUUCAAAAGAUUUGUGCAAAAACUAUUCAAGUUGAUGAUAUAACUGAAUUGAAGGAUGGAAUUGUUAUUAUCUGGUGUAAAUUGGAGAAAAUAUUCCCUCCAUCAUUUUUUAACGUAAUGGUUCAUCUUUGUAUGCACCUACCAGAUCAAGUGUUGUUUGGUGGCUCAGUGGCUUCACGGUGGAUGUUUGAGACUGAACGUCAUAUGGGGUACAAAAAGUAUGUCAGAAACAUGUCACGACCUGAUGGUUCAAUUGCAGAAGCCUUUGUUAUAGAUGAAGCUAUAUCUGAACUGCGAGUCCAACAAUCUUCUCUUGCAAAUGAUGAUUUAUAUUCUCUAUCUCAAGGUCCAUUAGAACGAUACAUUAGUUAUCAUAGUUGUAUUGUAAAUGGUGUUCGUUUUCGGUGCAAGGAUCGUGAUGAUAAUCUUCGUACACAAUAUUCUGGAGUUUACACUGAAGGGGACCAUGACAACGAUACUAUUAUGUGGUAUAAUUCAAAUCCUAAAGGAAACUCUAUUUUUUUGGACCAUAACUUGACAUUCAUUAACACGUCCACAAAUUGGUUUCCCGACGAACCAUUCAUUCUGGCAACUCAAGCACAACAAGUUUUUUAUUUGCUUGACAUGAAGCAUGGUUUAAAUUGGAGAAUUGUUCAAAAAUUGCCACCUUUUCAACCGACUGAGGAUUUGAUUGAAAGUUCCUCUUUAGUGCAUAGAGAUGUUGCACCUUUAACUUUUUCAAGCGAGUUUGUUCAAAUGAAUAUUGGCGGGGAAGUAGAUGAAGAUGAAUUUAUUCAACUUAACAAUGAUUUUGAUGAUGGAGAUAUCUUCUUCGAUGGAGAAGUGAUAUGUUCUAGUGAUAGUGAGAUAGAAAAUGAUUUAGAAGAACAAUUUGAUGAUGACACGAAAUCUUAA